UGUGACAGCUGAUCAUUUUUACAUGAUACAUUUGGAUACACUCAUGCCAUAACUAUAAUGCCAGGGUAUGUGUAUGUAUGGAUAAUUAAAUACCAACAAAAUGAUUUUAAUAAGAAAAUGCAAAAACCUCGUUAAAGUAACGAGAAUGUACACCAUCGGUUAUGGAAAUUUGUUAACAUUGACGAUUCGUAACCUAUCAAUUAGAAACUAUAUGAUUCUGUCUUGUCGCUGUAUGACAAGACCGCUCUUAAAUAAUUUUAACGCAGAUUUUAGAGUAAAUUACAUUUAUGUUAAUGGAGCAGAAAACUCUCAGAGUUUUCAAUACAAAGUCAUGAUAAUCCACCAGAAUUUUAAUAAGCGAAGCAUACAAUUGGACAAUUUGAAAAAUAUAAUCGAUGAUUUAGAAAAGGAUGAUUUCAACUUGUCGAAGAGUUUAAGCGUAACGUUAAUCAAAUGUUGCGGAAAUAUGCUACCCAGUGUGCCUUUGAAGCUGCGGCAGGAAUUAACCGACCGUGUUUGGAAUCUUGCAAGCAAAAGAAAAUCGGAAUUGACUAUAGACCACUAUCACGCUUUGUUACACGCAUACAUUGAUAAUGAUAACAUCAUCGAUCCAGGUGAAUUUUUAAAGAGUAUGGUUGUUGAUGCACAGUACGAUACUUAUUGUCUUUUACUAAAGUUAUCAUCGAAGUCAGGUGACAUUGCAUCAGUUGAAACUCUUAUAUCGGACAUGCAUAAAGCGGGCCUACCUUUGGAUGAAGAAGCUUAUAACACAUUAGUGCAUGUGUAUGCUGUAAAUGGAGAUGUAACAGGAGCCAAAAAAGUUAUGGAUUCCAUGGUGAAAGUAAAUAUUAAACCCUCGCCUACAACUUAUGCUCAGUUAAUGUAUGCUUUUGCAAAAACCAACGAUAUUGAGGCUUUAACUGAAAUUCUAUCUACCACAGCAAUAUCUAAAUCGGAAUUUAUGAAGCUCGUUAAGUUUCUUAGUGUAUCAGGAAACGGAGUUCAUAUACCAGAUGUUUUGAAGUUCAUGCAACCAUUACAGUUCCCUGAUACAGAUGUUAUUGCAGUUAUCAUACAACUCGUACAUAUUGGACAUUUUUUAGAUGCUUACAAAAUUAUCACUCAGAUUUCUAUAAGCGAUACUUGUAAGACUAUAAGAAGAUCAUUGGUAUUUUCGUUUUUAAAAGAAGUGGUUGCGUUGAAUUCGAAUCAAACCGUGGUGGAACUUGUGAGUGAUCUUGCAAUAAAACAUCGUAUUGAAGGAGUCUGGAGGAAGGCGGUUGAAUUUGCUUCAAUUAAAAGCAAUGUAACACUUGCCCUUACGAUAUUCGACAAGAUGAAGUCGCAAGGCAUGGUUGUUCAGUCUCAUUAUUACUGGUUGUUACUUUCAAACGUAGGUCAAAGGGAUGAGGAAAGUGAUAUAUAUUUGAUCAUCAGACACAUGAUAAAUUUAAACAUUAUAAUAGACUCCAAGACAUUUAUAAAUCAUGUGUUUCCAUAUAUCAAUACCAAAGAUCCUGUUGUUACAGUUCAAAAAAUGCAUAACAAUGGGAUAGCAUGCAUUUACACAGUACCACCACUUGUGAAGUUUUUGUUAGACGAACAGAGAUUACAGGAAAGCAUAAACCUGUGUUCCACUUUUAAAAAGAAAGUCGACUGCCAGGACUUGUUAGACUCCCUAAUUUUGAAUUAUAAUGCAUCGAAGGAUAUCAAUAGCUGCAUACAAGUCUUAUUCGACUUAUCAUACAAUGGUCGUGGCUUCUCUAGUAAUUUCUUAAAGAAAUUCGUGGAUCGACCCGAGUUCGGACUGGACGAUAUAAAGGAUACUAUACAAUUUUUGAAUACUAUGAAAUCACAUGGAGUACUUAUGUCCCUCACUGAUAUACAAUACAUAGAAAACAAAAUUUUUAAUCUAAACAUAACAGAGUAUUGUAAAUGUUCUGUUUCGCAUCUGUUGGUUGCCGUGACCGGGGACAGAAAGAUACAUAAUUAUAACAGCGGAUCCUACGUUCAUCCGCAGAACAUGAAUAAAGACCAAUUGAUUACGCAUUUGUACACGCUUAAAACUGCAGAGAAGAAUACCAGAGGUGUGCUGCGAAAACUAUUUAAAAUCGUAUGUAACGAGAACAAUAUAAACAAAGUACAGGAAAUCGCAGCAGAAAUGAAGAUGAACAACUUCGAUUGGUCGCCUGGAAUGAAAGCGGUUUUAUUCAGUUUUUAUACAAAAAAUAAAAUGACUGCUGAAGCCAUGUCUACGUUACAUGAAAUUCAUUCUCUGUUCCCACAGUUUCAGAUUGAUAAUUUCAAGAUUUUGGCUUUCGUUAUAUUGCUAGUGAAGAAGGAUAAAGUAGAUGAAGCUUUCAAUGUGAUAGAUUGUACGAAUGUGAAUCAUAAACAUAAUGCACUUAAUGUCUGCGUACAACUAUUAAACCUCCUAGCGAAAGGUAUCCAUUCGAAUCAUACCAAAGAAAUGAUUCAUCUCCUCGUUCAAAAAGGUUACUGCUUGUAUAGCAAUGUGCUCCGGUAUUUGGUUUACGUCCCUUUGUUAAAAGGUGAUAUCGAAUCUGCUGUGAAUGUGUUCAAACAAUGCGCUGAGAACUACAAUAUAACCCCUGCAAAGCAGGAAAUAUUAUUAGGUAUACUUAAGAAAAGCCCAUCCCAACAAUUUAGUCGAUUACUGGAUGAAGUUUACACUCUUAUAGUACAAGUGCAUGGAAAAAGAAAGGCAAUUGUGAAUUUUGCGAUAGCAUUAGCACAGUGCAAUAAAAAGAAGGAACUAGAAAUUUUACUCAAAAAAGAGUGGAUAUGGUCGAAUCUUUUACUGGAACAGUUAAAGUAUUUGCAAGACGCAGAGAUUGUAAGGACGUCGUUGAUACUUUUAGAAGUAGGUGGAGAAAUAUUGGGAGAACGCUUGGAACCUAUAUGUAAUUUAACUUUGUUCAUAUAUAAGAAAAAGGGUAAAUAUGAGCAGGCUGUAAACUUAGCGAACGAAAUGAAAAAGAAAGGAAUAUUACCUAGCAAAACUUUUGAAAAAAGUUUGAACGAAUUAUUGACGACUUAUAAAUUACCAAUAUCGAUUUCGACAUCCAAUGAUACUAUGGUGAAAACAAAUGAAACGAUAUGAUGAUAUAGAUUAAUAAAUAAUUUUUAAAUUUU